AAACCAGAAACAAACACAAAAGCUUUGAAGUGGUGCAAAGUUCUAUUAAAAAAGACCUGGGAUUCAUUUAUUAAUCUAGGGAGAGGAGCAACCAUUUUUAUGAAUAAGUACUCGGAGGAACUUGCACUGGUAAAAAGCUAUUCUUGCUCUGAAGAUUUUGUAACAGUCAUCAAAAUGUGGAAUGCUGUGGCUAAAAUCCUAUUAAGGACUAAAGUCCACCAAGACUAUUCAUGCACUCUACUGCUAGUGCAAAAGGGCAGGAGUAUUCUUACAAGACCGCCUUCCUCUAGGAAUUGUUGGCAACAUACAGCUGGAGCAGUUCAGCCUUUCAACGUGAGUACGAGUAUCCAGAAAGUGGAAGCUUUGGACGUGAAUAAUUUUGUCCGUAUUCACUGGGAAGAUGGGAGUAAGAGCCUUUACCCUGCUGUAUGGCUAAGAGACAACUGCCAGUGCCCUGACUGCUUCCUGCAUUCUGCUAAAGCACGCAAACUGCUUUUGGAAGACCUGGAUGUUAACAUUGGGGUGAAGGAGGUCACUUUGACAGAUAGACAAAAGGUGUAUAUUACAUGGCCAGACAAACACACCAGUGAAUUUGAGGCUGAAUGGCUGAAGAAAAGGUGCUUUUCUGAACAAGCCAGAGCAGAAAUGCAAGAAGAAUUAUUUUUAUCAGAAUGUAAAUAUUGGGGCUCAGAUCUGCAGCUCCCAAAUAUGUCUUUUGAAGAAGUCUUACACAGUGAUGAAAGUGCCUACAAGUGGCUUUCCACCCUUAAAAAAGUAGGAAUUGUGCUGUUAACAGGAGCUGUCACUAGACAGGGAGAGUUGGUUAAACUUGGCAAAAGGAUUGGUUUCCUGCGUCUCACAUUUUAUGGCCCUACUUGGCAAGUGGAAGACAAAAUGGAUGCUAAUAAUGUGGCUUACACAUCUGGGAAGCUAAGUUUUCACACUGAUUACCCUGUUCUGCAGCAUCCACCUGGGAUUCAGUUUCUUCAUUGUAUAAAACAAGCAGCUACUGGAGGUGAAAGUGAAGUUGUAGAUGGAUUUCAUGUAUCCAACAAGCUGAAGGAGCAAAAUCCUCAAGCCUUUCAGAUCCUCUCCUCCACCCUUGUAGACUUCACGGAUGUUGGGGUCGACUACUGUGAUUUCAAUAUGCAGUCUAAACAGAGGAUUAUAGAUGUAGAUUACAGAGGCCAGGUGGUUCGUAUCAAUUAUAAUAAUGCAACAAGAGACACUGUUUUUGACAUACCUGCUGAAAAAGUGCAGCCGUUUUAUGCAGCUCUGAAGGAAUUUGUUGAUCUAUUGAACAGCCCGGAACAUAAGUUUACCUACAAGAUGAAACCAGGAGACAUAGUAACAUUUGACAACUGGCGUUUACUGCAUGGUCGCCGGAGCUACCAAUCAGGAACAGAAAUAUCCCGUCACCUCGAAGGUGCUUAUGCAGACUGGGAUGUGGUAAUGUCAAGUCUCCGACUCCUGAGGAAGAUCGUCCAGAAUGGCAAUUAA